ACUUCACAGAGACUAAGAGCCCAUGUUCCGUGUCCGUGCGCACCCUAGCUAGCUUCCACCUAACCAACUCAUAUCCCCCCUGAAAACCACUUGCGUUCCACAAAAAUCCCUUCAAACUCUCCUCUCUCCAAAUUAGGGUUUUCUUUAACACGCACUGUGCCACACCCACUCCGUUUCUCUCCGAUCCCUCGCGUUUCAAUGCCUGCCAAUUCCGUCGCUAAAUUCUGCACAGUGCCAAUCCCUUCCAUUAUCCACCCAAUUCGGCAUUCGAUUCAGUUCAUAUCACUUCUUCCCCUCAUUUGACUAUAGGGUUCCACCUAUGGCGCCUAGCCGCAGAAAGGGCGCCACCAAAGCGGCGGCGGCGGCGGCCGCUCGCCGCCAAUGGAAAGUCGGCGAUCUUGUGCUUGCCAAAGUUAAGGGGUUCCCUGCAUGGCCUGCCACGGUCAGUGAGCCAGAGAAGUGGGGUUACUCCACUGAUUGGAAGAAAGUCCUUGUUUACUUCUUUGGAACCCAACAAAUAGCUUUCUGCAAUCCAGCUGAUGUGGAAGCAUUUACUGAGGAGAAAAAACAGUCUCUUCUUGGAAAGCGUCAUGGAAAGGGUGCUGAUUUUGUUCGUGCUGUUCAGGAGAUAGUUGAGAGUUAUGAGAAAUUAAAAAAAGAGACUCAGCUUGAUGAAACUAGCUCUGGUGGUCAUGUUGCUAAUGCAGAUGUUUCAAAUCCAGUUAACUCCUCUCCCAAGGAUCAGACGGAUGCUCCUGAGUUGACACAUACGUUACAAAUGGAUUCUUCAAAUUCUAUUAUCAACAAACAUGAGGUGGUAUGUGUGGCUGAUGAUGACUCUGCUGCUGUAGUUAAGGAUGAAUCUCAUAAUAAGGAGGCACUGUUGGAGGAGCCUAUUGAUAAAACUGCUGUGGUGAAAUCGCCUAAGCCAGUUACUUACACUUCUCGAAAAAGAUCUGUGGGUAACUUGUGCUCGCAGGGCUGUGUAACACAUGAAUAUGCCCCAGUACGCAGGUCAAGAAACUCAUCGCGGGUUCAAAACUUAAUUUUUCCUUGUAGUGGCAAUGGAAAAAGUGCUGGUGAUCCAUCAACUAAUGCAGCUCAGAGUGCAUCCAUAAGAAAGAAUAAACGUGUUAGGAAAUCACCUGAUCUUUCUGGCGGUAAUGAUUUUGAAUCAUCUGCUUUUGUUUCAAAUGGUAGCAUGGAAGAUAACAGUUCCGAAAUUGUCACAAUUGAUUCUGAUACGUUUAGCUUGAAUGAGGGUAGUACAAUUGAUUCAAAUUUUAAACUUGAACACCCUGAGACUAAUGAAUGCCCAGAAGUUGAGUUGAACAAAGGGCUUGAUCUUGAAAUAAAAGCUGUAGUCAACAAGAAGAAAAGAAAACAAAAUAGAAAGAGAGUGGCCAAUGAUGCCUCCAAGCCAGCCAGUAGAUCUGAGGAGGAGACUGGUGUGCAGAAUGCCAGUCAAAGUUCCCAGAAUGUUUGUGGAAAUUCAAAAAUGAGAUGCUUUGAACAAGAUGGAGAUGAGCACUUACCCCUUGUGAAACGAGCAAGAGUCAGAAUGGGUAAAUCAUCUUCUGUGGAGGCAGAACUCCAUAGCAUUUUCCAAGGUCAAGACAAAAGCUGUAAGGAAGAUACUAACUUACUGCAGCAGAUGAUUACAUCCUCAAAUUGUGAGAAUGAUAGCCCUGCUGAUGGAGACUCAACUGUGCUGAAUGGAGCCUUGGAUAAUGUUUCCGCCCCUUGUUCCAACACUCAGAUUUGUAAUACUAAGAAAGAUCAAACAUUCUGCUCUGUGGAUGGUGAAGCUGCUUUACCUCCAUCCAAACGCCUCCAUCGUGCUUUAGAAGCCAUGUCAGCUAAUGCUGCUGAAGAAAGUCAAGCUCAUGUGGAAGCAUCAUCCUCUAUAAUGACAUCAAGUGGUAUGUGCUAUAUAUCUUCUGUAAGCAGGUGUCCAUUUAUAGCCAUUAAUAAUCAAGAGGGAAAUGUUUUAGGGCUGCAAAAGUUGGAUACUUGCAACAUUGAUUCGUCUCAUAUCAAUGUGUGUAGUUUCUCAACCAUUUCAAAUCCAGUGAUUUCAACAGAGAAUGAAUCAUCUAUACAAGUGGAUAAGCAGUUGACCAAGUUACAGCAGCAUGAAACUGGCAAGGAUGUACUCCCAGGUGCUAUCGAUCAAGUUGGUGAAGAGCAUAGUGAUCAUUGUCAGACUGCCAAAGUGGAUUUGAAAACUCAGUCACAUGAACAAAGAUCUCCUAAUAUUGAUUCCAAAUGUGGUGAAGUUGGAGGCAAUCUAGAUUCACCAGAUCCAUCAUUACCACCAAUUGAUGAAGACAACACUGGAAAUGUGAAUCACUCAAAUACAGCAUCUGAUGCAUCAGAACACAAUGAAAUAAGCCUUGAUCCUGUAAUGGGUGGGAACGAAAGUGAUAUUUUAUUACCUCAAAAUAAUAUUGAUGUGCCUGAAAAUGUGGUUGCUAUUUAUGAUGAUACAGAGAGCUUGAAGGCAGCAGUUGUUGAUAUUAGCAAAACUGAUAUGAGUGAGGUUGUGAAAGAGGUAAAAUGUAAAGGACCGGAGGAGGAUAUGAAUUCUGUCUCGACAUCUGAUGAUUUUUUGGGUGAAAAGGGUAUUGUGGGCAUUCGGUCAAGUCCAUCCUUGAUGGAUGGGGGAGAUUGCAUUCCACAAGGAUCACCUCCAACUAACUCUGUUUGCAAUGUCUCUACAUCAGACAGUAGUAAUAUUCUUCACAAUGGAAGUUGUAGCCCUGAUGUACAUUUACACCAGAAGCAAACUUUAUCUGGUCCUUAUGAUGGGAGUAAAGAUGGGUAUGUGACCACACAACAAUCAAGAUCUAUGGGGAAGUCAAGUGAAGCAGGACGUGCUGCUUUGUUGUACUUUGAAGCCACUCUUGGGACAUUGACAAGGACAAAGGAGAGUAUUGGUCGAGCAACACGCAUUGCUAUUGACUGUGCAAAGUUUGGUAUUGCAUCUAAGGUCAUGGAAAUUCUUGCCCACAGUCUGGAAGUCGAAUCAAGCCUGCAUCGGAGGGUGGAUUUGUUUUUUCUUGUUGACUCCAUUGCACAAUUUUCUCGUGGUUUAAAAGGUGAUGUUUGUGGAGUAUAUUCAUCUGCUAUUCAAGCAGUCCUUCCCCGACUUUUAUCUGCUGCUGCUCCUCCUGGAAAUACUUCUCAAGAAAACCGUAGGCAAUGUCUCAAGGUUUUAAGGCUAUGGUUGGAGAGAAAAAUCCUACCAGAAUCCAUUAUUCGCCAUCAUAUCCGGGAACUGGAUUUAUAUAGUGCAGCUUCUGCAGCUGUCUUCUCACGACGAUCAUUAAGAACAGAGAGGGCUUUAGAUGACCCUGUUAGAGAAAUGGAGGGUAUGCUUGUUGAUGAAUAUGGAAGCAACUCAAGUUUCCAGUUGCCUGGAUUUUGCAUGCCCCGCAUGCUUAAAGACGAAGAUGAUGGUGAAGAGAGUGAUUCUGAUGGCGGGAACUUUGAGGCAGUCACCCCCGAGCAUACUUCCGAAGUACAUGAAAUGACUUCUGCAAUUGAAAAACACAGGCAUAUCUUGGAAGAUGUUGAUGGUGAACUUGAAAUGGAAGAUGUGGCUCCCUGUUGUGAUGUUGAAAUGAAUUUGAGUGGUAAUGAUAGAGGAAAUGCUGAGCAGUUUGAGAAGAAUCUGCCUGUGCCUGUUGCUCCUCUACACCAGGAUGUGCCUUCAUCUUCCCCACCACCACCAUCUUUCCCUCCACCUCCACCCCCACCUCCACCUCCUCCACCCCCACCUCCUAUCCUACACCACAUGUCAUCUACCUCUGAUCCGUAUCACACUGUAGUUAAUUCAAAUGGAUAUACUGUUUCACAGACUGCAAAAGACAACUCACUUCACUCUAUGACUCAGCCCUUGGCUGCACCUAGGCAGAGUCAACCUAUCAGUGAUGCAGUGCACUAUCAAGUCUCAGAAUAUAGAGAAAUGCAGAUGCACAUGCCAGAAUCUACUUGCUCUUUCAACAAUUUUCCUGUACCACCUCCAGACAAUUUUCGACAUUCUGAUGGAGUUACUAUGCAUAAUAAAGGGUAUUCUAUACGGCCACCUCAUCAUGUGCCAUCCAAUCAGUUUUCUUUUGUUAACGGAGAACAGCAUGUGAAACAUCGAAGGGAUGUUCCACCACCCCCUUCUUACUCCAGUAGACAACACUUCUUGCAGAACAUGGAGAGAGAAAACUUCUAUAAUAAUCACGAGAGAUUAAAACCACCUCCAUAUGAUUACCAAGAGAGAUGGAAUGUUCCUGCACCUUAUCUUGAUCCUCGGCAUCAGGACAAAGGUGUGCCUGCCCCAUAUGGUUGUCAUCCUUGUGAAUCAACUAGAAUACCAGGUCAUGGGUGGAGAUUUCCUACGCGGUCAAUGAAUCAGAGGAAUUCCAUGCCAUUUAGACCACCCUUUGAAGAUGCAAUUCCAGUCGCAAACAGAGGUCCGAGCUUUUGGCGGCCUAGAUGAUCA